AUGUCUGCGCCUACUGCCAACUUUACAGUCAGUACGACGGCCUUGAUUGUACCUGCAGUUUUCCUUUCUUUUGCUAUCUGUUGUGUAGGGUUGCGUGUAUACGUACGAACUGGGUUGUUGCGUUCAUUCCUGGUUGAGGACUGGCUUUGCAUACUGACCUUGAUCUUCUUCUCCGCUCAUGCAGGACUGCUUUUCGGUAUUGAGGCGUCACUGGCCACGCCGAAGCCUAGUCUGGAAGUCUAUGAAAAGAUCAUCAAUAUUGUCAUCUCUGACGUAGUCAUCUACCUCUGCGCGUCCAUCGCACUCAAACUCUCACUGGCGUUCUUCUUCCUCCGCUUCGUCGUUGAGCGAUGGCAGCGCGUUCUUAUCUAUGUUUUUCUCGCCAUCUUCAUCGCCAACAGUGUCUCUUCGAUUUUCCUGGUUCUUUUCUGGUGCUCUGAUCCAACCAAAUACGCCAUGAAGACUAUUAUGGGGCAAUGCACGGGUACCAAUCCUGCUCUCAAUGCAGCAAACAUCCUCCAAGGCACGCAGAUGAUCAAGCGAGAGAAAGCCAUCGUCGCCGGUAUUUUCGCUUUGGCGGUCGCCGGGUCUGUGGCUGCUAUCCUGAGAGCUGUAUAUUGGCCUGCGCUUGUCAAAGGAACACUGUCUGGCUUUCGCAAAGGAAUGAUGUGGUCUACGAUAGAGAUUGGCGCUGGUAUCAUUGCUUCUUCUGCAGCGACGCUUCGACCACUGUUGAAGAAAGUAAACUUGGGCAAGAAUUGGAGCAGAAAAUCGAGGAGUGGAGUUGUCAGCAACGAAGCUAGCCUUCCUGACUCCGAGAAGGGGUUCGAGAAAGAAGUGGUAAAAGUCAAAUCGGCUGGCUCUGGAAGUCAAUCUGGGAGUGAUAGCAAGGAGUGGUGGGAUGCUGAAGUUGUGUCGCCCGAAGCAGAAAUAUUGACGGAAGCAGAAGCUUUACGGCUGCAAGCGUGA